GCAACUGUCAUUCAGUAUCCACAGCUGCAGAGGGGGAAACAAGCUGGAUGAAUCUGCCCAAAUACUCUAUCCAGUUUAUUGUUAAUUUUUUAAAAAAUUAUGCCUGUAGGCAGGCUCUAAAAUUUAUUUAUAGCUGCUUCCUAGGUAACAUGCAACGAGAAAUCUGGGCUCCUGGUACGAAGAAGAAAGGUUUAUUUUAUGAGAGCUGGACUAUUAUUCAGUGCCGCUCCCACAAGAUUUUCAUUGGCUGUGGUAAAAGACUACCAAUUGAGAAACCUGAGCAGGAAGCUUCUUUCUUGGAAAAGAGGACGUAGAGGAGAACAGGAAGGAACGGCAGCUAGAACAACAGCACACACGGGACCAAAAAUAAAAAGAGGCUGAAAGCUGAGAGAGGAACGGAAAGGAAAACAGAAGGGGAUUUAUCCAGAGCAGCAAAAAGAUCAUGGAUCUAUUCCUAUGGUUGCCCUCCCUCGUCACAGCUGUAUGGAACAAGCUUUCCCUGCUGGGAGUCUGCCUCCUUUUUUUCAUCUUGUCUUUUGAUUUCAUGAAGCGUAGGAGGCGCUGGAGCCAUUACCCCCCAGGGCCAGUCUCCCUGCCCUUCGUGGGCACCAUGUUGCAGAUUGACUUCAAGAACCCGCACCUUUCUUUUACCCAGUUAAGUAAGAAAUAUGGGAAUAUUUAUAGUCUACAAAAUUGCUGGAAGAAUAUGGUGGUACUGAAUGGUUUCAAGGCAGUGAAAGAAGCUUUAGUCGAUAAAUCGGAGGAUUUUGCUGAUCGACCCUACUUUGCUGCAUACCAUCAUUUGGGAUAUGGAGAAAACAAUCAAGGACUGAUAAUGGCAAAGUAUGGCCAAGGCUGGAAGGAGCAGAGGAGAUUUGCCCUCUCCGUACUGAGAGACUUUGGGAUGGGAAAGAAACCUCUGGAGCAGCUAGUGACUGAGGAAGCUGGACAUUUGUGCUCAGCAUUUAGCUCUGAGAAAGGUCAUUCAUUUGAUCCUCACUAUCUUAUAAACAAAGCAGUUAGCAAUGUGAUCUGUUUCAUCACUUUGGGCAAUCGUUUUGACUACCCGGACCAGAAAUUCCAGAAGUUGCUUCAUCUAUUAGAAGAAUCUAUGAAGGAAGAAGCUGGAUUUUUGCCACAGAUUCUUCAUGCAGCACCUGUUUUGCUACACAUCCCUGGAAUGUUAAAGAAAGCUUUUCAACAUCAAAGGGAAUUAUAUUACCAUAUACAAGAGUUUAUGAAUGCACACAAAGAAACCUGGUGUCCCUCCUAUAAGCGAGAUAUCACUGAUGCAUUUUUAGAAGGAAUUGAGAAGAGAAAGGGUGAUGAAAACACUACUUUCAACGACCAAAACCUCUCUCUGGUAAUUGGUGACCUGUUUGCUGCUGGCACAGAAACCACCACCACUACCUUGCGCUGGGGACUGCUGUACAUGAUCCUCCAUCCUAAUGUUCAGAGUAAAGUUCAAGAGGAAAUUGAUGCUGUGAUUGGUAAGAACAGGUCACCCAAAAUGGAGGAUCAGGCAAACAUGCCUUACACUUGUGCUGUAAUCCAUGAAAUUCAACGAUAUGGGGAUAUUAUUCCUGUUGGGAUACCCCAUAUGACAUACCGGGAUACAGAGCUGCAAGGCUUCUUCAUCCCAAAGGGUACCACAAUCCUGACCAACCUAUCAUCUGUGCUGAAAGAUGAAGCCUUGUGGGAGAACCCACACCAAUUUUACCCAGAGCAUUUCCUAGAUGUCAGUGGACAGUUUAUCAAGCCAGCAGCUUUCUUACCUUUUUCAGCAGGUCGCCGUACCUGCGCAGGAGAACAACUGGCCAGAAUGGAGCUUUUCCUCUUCUUCACAAACCUUCUUCAGCAUUUCACCUUCCAUACUUCAGAGGAUCACCCCAGGCCAACAGAGGAUGGGUGUUUUGCUUUUACACUUGUCCCACAUCCCUAUCAGAUCCAGGCUGUUUCAAGAUGAGUGCAGUCAUCUGCACAGUUCUUCUUAUAGUUCAAAAUAUUCCGUUUGUCAUGUGUAGUGCAAAUUACCUGAAAGACACAACGCUGCUUGAAUUCAUAAAGAAAUAUCUCAAUAGCCCAUCAAUUUAAGUGAAUGCACUCAUUUACUAAGUCACAUUUAUGUAUAUUUUUUUACACCACAUCUAUGUCUGCGUAUCAGUAUGUUCAGUGGUGUAGUGGUUGGUGAUGUGUGCCAGAAGAGAGCCAGGUAUGGAGCCCGUGGGGUAUCACUAUAGGCUGGAUUAUAUUUAGGGUGCUCGGGGGUAGCCAUGCCAGUUGAGGAGAAGAGACAAGAGGUUGUUAAAAGCUGUUGUCCCUUCUGGGCUGCCCUUCAUCUGACAAGAUUUGGGUAACCAUGCCAACAAGCCUUCCUGUCUGGUACUGCAGUUGCUAAAUGCCAAGUCAGAUCACAAUAAAAUAUUUGUCAUCCAUGGUUGAUCGGAUUGGAUUGGAUUGUGGAUGAGGUACUUGACCUUGUGUACAUUACUGACACCUGGGUGGGUGAACUGCAUGGGCCAAACUUGAACCAGGUUGGAGUCUUGAGUGAUUGGGUUGCUGCCACCCACAGAUAUACCAUUGCUCUCACCAGGAAACCAAUUCACCUGGGAGCUGAAUGCAAAGGAUUGUACCUGAGGUUCAGCCACAUAGACAAAAUGUGAUCUUGUUGGUGUACCACUCACCCUGUGUGCUAUCCAACAACCUCCCUGUUGUUAUCUGCACAGAUCUAAUCUCAUCCCUGCCCCAUCCCAACACUAUCCAUGUAAGCAGCAGUGAUGCUGGCAUUGAAAGGGUGGCUCUGUGGCAUUGCUGCAUCACGCCAGCUGGUACUGUGCCCACCAUGUGAUGGUAGUGAAUAAAUUAUGCUUUGCCACCACUAUUGUCGUCAAGUUGGAUGGUUAAAGGGCCAGACUACGGAACAUCUGUUCUCUCAGAGGUCUCCUAUAACAAAAUUAUGAAGCACUUUGAAGACAAAGUCAUUGUCAUUUGGUUUGACUUUGAUGCAGGUCUUGUGAAAGUAUCCAGAGCUUAAGGUUGCCAAGUCUCCAGUUUUCACCCAGAGACUCCAGUUUUUGGCGGUCCUCUCUGGGUGAGUCCACUUAAUCUCCGGACUCUUAGCUUUCAUUUAAAAUAACAAUUAAGUUUCUAGGUGGUCUGGUUCAAAAGAUAUAAACCAAAAUGUCAGCCCCCACCUGCAACUUCUGUUAGUACAGGCUCCUCUAAUCCCUGGUAUUUCAGGUUUUUAUGUGUCUUACAGAAAGUUAGGGUAAGUGGUCAUUACAAUUACAAUUUAUGCAAAAAAAAAUAAAAAAAUUUUUUAAAGUGUUUUAAUACAUGCAAUAACAAACACUAAAUUCGUACCUAUAAAGUUUUUAAAGAGACGGGAAGAGUAUCUCCUGAAUCAAAAGUGCCUAAGUCUUUAGACCAUACUCAUGAAUGAAUACAUACAUUGCUGCUAUAGUGCUUUUUAUAUAAACUGCUGGUACUCUUGCUUGUAGGCUUUAAAUCUGUAUCUCAAUGGAGCAAGAUGCGUAUGUUAUGGCCAGAUGCGUUUCAUCUUGUGUGUCUUUUUCAAUGGCCUUUCAAGCACAUACUCUACAGGAUAAAAAAUGUACAUUGUAUAUUCAUAGAGCUUCAAUUUAUAUGACUGGUUUGAUUAAAAAAUUACCUACAAUUUCUUAAGGGAUAGUGGAAAACACUUACUUAACAGAUUUUCACUUGGAUGAAAAGUAAUAGGUGCAGGAUAGAUUUCUGUAUCCAAAAUAAAUUACAAUUAAUUUUCAAUAUAGAAAUAGAUCUUUUCAUUCCCAUUAAUAAUUAUUUCUUAAAUUGCUUACCAUUUUUAAUCCAGUUCCUCUGGACAGUUUUUAUCAGCAGCAUUCAUAUAGAAAACCCCUCAAAAUACAUGGGGCUUGAAUGCAAAUGCCUGCUCAAGGUAUUUAAAAGGACUACUUGUUAAGUGAAUUCAGCUGUAGGAAUUAUCUUAAAGUGAUAUCAUAAAAAAUUGCUCUUGCUGGUUUCCAAUUAUCCCAUAAGAUUACUUGAUAAUCCAUAAUUAUGUAAUAACUCAGCAUGAAAACCAUACAGUACCACCUUAACUUUAAAACGAAUACAUAUUUAUUAUACAUAUACUGAAUUAGUAAAUCUCAUUAUCCAAUUUGUUACUGACAUUUGCUAAAACUAUUGUUAUGAAUCUUUAUUAAAAAGAGAAUACAUGCAUAACCUGACAUUGUAUUGAUACCUAUUUUCUGUUUUCAUAUUAGAUGUCAUAAUACUGGGAGCCAAUUCAGAUCUUCAUUCAGGCCUUUUGGGGGCCAUGGUUUUUAAAGUGUAUGUCCAAAAGAGCUCUUUCUUCUUUAGUUUAGUUUAGUUUCUAAUGCUGUUCCUGUAGCCUUUUCCAUAACCCAGAAUUUGACAUCCUUUUCUGUAUGCCCAUGGCUAAUGAAAUGUUUGACAAGGGGUGCAUGUUGUCUUUUCUUCUUAAUACAACUUUUAUGCUCACAGAUUCUCAUUUUAAUCGUCCUCAUUGUCAUGCCUACAUACAGAAGGUUGCAUGGACAUUUUAUGAUAUAUAUAACCCCUUUGGUGUUACAAUUGAAAAAUCCCCUUAAAGUAUAGUUUUUAUUGUUACCAUGGUUUAGAAAUUGAUGCAGUUUGAUACAAUUGUUGCAUACACUACACUGAUUACACAGGAAAUUCCCUACAGUUUUGGGAUACAAAACAGAGUAGUUUGGUGGAUUUGUGUUCCUAUUUAUGUUGCUGUGAACUAGGAGGUCCUUCAAGUUUUGGGCCCGUUUAAACACAAAUAGUGCCUUUCUUUACACCUGGGAAUAUCAGAUAGAAGAUUCCAAUAUUUCAAAAUGAUCUCUUGUAUUUUUCCAUUAAAUCCAUCAAAAGUUAGCGGUAUAGUCAUUCUUGUUUCAGUUGUAUUCCUUUUUCUUUGUUCAAGUAGCUGUCUCCUAUCUGUCAUUUUAGCCUUAUAUUUUGCUGUUUUUUAAAAAAUUUUAGGGUAGCCCCUUUCUAGUAGUUGUCCAAUUAGAAAUACAGAGUACUUUCUCUGUACAGAAUUGGGACUUGCUUCUGAGAAAACAUGCAUAGGAUUGCACUACAACAGAAGAUAACAACAGGAUCUUGGUGGGCAUACACAGUAAACAAUUUUAGUUAUAAUUAUAAUAAAACUACAUGCAGGUUUUUUAAUUACUUGCAAAAAUGGCAUAUGUAUUUUAUCUUUUAAAUAAAUUUUGAACAGAAGUUUUAAAAA